AAGGAAGUACAGGGUUACACGGUCAAUAUAAUAAUAUCUUAUUUAUAACGUUCCGACACUUUGCAGUGCUACAAUACAGGUAAACAAGUCUGUAUAGAGUAAAAUACUGUAUGUGCAUGAUUCUCAUAGACCUAGCAUGCCCACAGAGAGCACGUUAUUAGCUAUAAAAACAUACUUGAACACAGAUAUUAGUAAACAUACAUUUACUAAAUAUUUAAAUACUGAAUAUUUUACAAAAUAUAUGAAUAAAAUGAAAUACUCGCAUUGUACUUGAAUAGGCCCUGGGGCGAAUUUAACAUCGCCACUUGUGCCUGGAGAAGACUGAUUGCCAGCCUCCUGCCAUGUGACUAUGGCCCCUGGGAUGUAUUGCCUGCUCUCCUGUACUGCUGAGGAUUGCUACCAACUAGGUGGAUUUGGCUAUGGAGCUUGUGUAGUGCCCUCUGUUGGUAGCAACAGUAAUAUGCACUACCUGAAUAGCAAGACUGGUAAUUUGCUUAUUCGGGUAGAUUUGCAUAUCACUAAUUCUGCAUGCAGGAGGGACAUUUUGUGUUAAUUAUGGUCGUCCCCACCCAUUUAUAAAUAUGUAAUUAUGUUAUAAUAAGUCACUGUAUGUUGCCUGCUAUGAUUUGACUGUUUGUAAUGUUAUUGCAUUUUCACGGCAAUGUUAAUGUACUGACCAUAUUGCUAGUCCCAAGUAAAACAAAGUUUUAGACAGUUCUACUUCACUCUCAAUUUGGAGUCCUGUCUCAUAUUGGGCGAAUCUGCUACAAGGGAUUGCUAUGCUCUACAUAUUCCCUUGCUAUAAUCACUCCUAAACUCAUUCCUGCUUCGCUCUGAAGGAAGAGAGGUUUGGCCUGCGGUGGUUGUGGUGUUGGCUAAAGUGCUUGGAAUCCUCAAGAAGCGCUAGGAGCAUCCAUCAACAGAGGUACCCAAUCGGGGUGCCAGGUGAUCCGUUACAGGCCCCAUAAUGUAGUCCUCUAAAACUGCAGACAAGUCGGGGAGAAUUUUUAUGGGAAGCUUGAUUUCUUAUUUCUUUAUCUAAUUUUACACUCUGUUAAGAUAGGUUACAAGUAAACACACCUUUUCAGGAAGUGUGUAGAGUGUCUGAGUGAUUGACAGCUAGGGGAGGUGUGGCUAGGGCUGCAUAAACAAAGUGACUUAACCCCUUAAGGACACAUGACAUGUGUGACAUGUCAUGAUUCCCUUUUAUUCCAGAAGUUUGGUCCUUAAGGGGUUAAAGGUGCACUGCAGGGUCAGGAACACAAACAUGUAUUCCUGACCCUAUAAUGUUAAAACCACCAUCUAGCUCUCUGUCGGAAGUUGUGGAGCAAGGAGCAGCAACUGGAGGACCUCAGGUAUGAAGUCCAUUGUUCUCAAAUGGGGAAAGGGUAUCAGGGCAUUCAUAGUACUAUAACCACUACAGCGUUCAUUUUCGUUACUUGGAGUUUUCCUUUAAAUCUCAACAUGCAUGAAGGGCAUCUGACAAUCUUGCUCACGUAUUAGUGAUUAAUUUUAUAAAUUCUGAUUCGGCAUCCUAAUCACGCGGAUAUUACUUGGAAUACAGGACUAUUGGAUGCAUGUUAAACUGUUCUGGUAUAAAAUAAAACCAUCUAAACAAGGCCAGACAGCACAGGAAAUGUUACUAUACUAACAUUGUGAAACUGCGUAUUUCAAUGUCAGUUAUGAUUUGGCCUGUUGUGAAGUCUCUUUCCUGUUUCAUGAGUAGCUUCCUCAGACACAAUUAAUUAUUGUUAUUAAUUAUUAUUAUUAGUAGUAGUAGUAGUAGUAGUAGUAGUAGUAUCAGCAUUAUUUAUAGCACAAACAUAUUCCUUAGUUCUUCACAAUUAUACCGAGUGGAAAUAAAUAACAAGUAUUGACGUACUAAGUAAUGAGAGCUGGAGAUACUAUCGUAAUACCAACUGUAUUCAUGGAUUGCAGGAUAAAACUUACCAGGAAAGGUUAAAGGAUCUUAACAUGUAUAGCUUGGAGGAAAGACGAGACGGGGGAUAUGAUAGAAACAUUUAAAUACAUAAAGGGAAUCAAACACAGUAAAGGAGGAGACUAUAUUUAAAAAAGAAAAACUACAACAAGAGGACAUAGUCUUAAAUUAGAGGGACAAAGGUUUAAAAAAUAUCAGGAAGUAUUACUUACUGAGAGGGUAGUUGAUGCAUGGAAUAGCCUUCCAGCUGAAGUGGUAGAUGUUAACACAGUGAAGGAGUUUAAGCAUCGCGUGGGAUAGGCUAUGUCCAGGCUAUGCUAGCUAUAAGAUAAGGCUAGGGACUAAUGAAAGUAUUUUGUUUCUGUACAGCUGUACAAUAUGUUGAUGCUAUUAAAAUAUAAUUAAUAGUGAAUGAUAAUAAUUUACCUUUAAAAACACAAUAGAGAAAGUGUCCCAGAAAUGAUGGGAAGGUGUUACAGGAGUGUGGGCAGCACUGUACAGAGUGUGGACAGGUGCUCUGCUGCUGAUGAGGCAGGAAGAGGUUAAAGUCAUGGACAGAUGUUAUUGAAGUUAGGGCAGUGUGCUCUGCUCUGUCCAGGCUGGAAGGGGUUAGCCACUCUCUGUUUCCCCAGACAGAAAGGGGUUAACCUGUUCCAGGCUGGAAGGGUUAACCCUAUCUCUGUUUCGCCAGGCGGUAAGGUUAACCCGCCUCUGAUUCCCAGGCAGCCCUGCUCUGCUCUGUCCAGGCAGUAAAGGGGGUUAACCCGGCUCUCUGAUUCCCCAGGCAGCCCUGCUCUGCUCUGUCCAGGCAGUGGGGUUAACCCGCUCUCUGAUUCCCCAGGCAGCCCUGCUCUGCUCUGUCCUUGGCAGUAAGGGGUUAACCAGCUUCUGAUUCCCAGGCAGCCCUGCUCUGCUCUGUCCAGGCAGUAAGGGGUUAACCCGCCUCUGAUUCCACAGGCAGCCCUGCUCUGCUCUGUCAGGCAGUAAGGUUAACCCAGCUCUCUGAUUCCACAGGCAGCCCCUGCUCUGCUCUGUCCGGGCAGUGGGGGUUAACCUGCUCUCUGAUUCCCCAGGCAGCCCUGCUCUGCUCUUCAACGAUAAGGGUUAACCCGCCUCUGAUUCCCCAGCCCUGCUCUGCUCUAGGGCAGUAAAGGGGUUAACCGCUUCUCUGAUUCCCCCAGGCAGCCCUGCUCUGCUUUCGGGCAGUAAGGGGUUAACCCGACUCUCUGAUUCCCCCCAGGCAGCCCUGCUCUGUCCAGGCAGUGGGGGUUAAUCUGCUCUCUGAUUCCCCAGGCAGCCCUGCUCUGUCCAGGCAGUAGGGGUUAACCGCUCUCUGAUUCCCCAGACAGCCCUGCUCUGCUCUGUCCAGGCAGUAAGGGGUUAAUCUGCUCUCUGAUUCCCCAGGCAGCCCUGCUCUGCUCUGUCCAGGCAGUAAGGGGUUAACCUGCUCUCUGAUUCCCCAGGCAGCCCUGCUGUGCUCUGUCCAGGCAGUAAGGUUAACCUGCUCUCUGAUUACCCAGGCAGCCCUGCUCUGUUCUGUCAGGCAGUAGGGGUUAACCCGCUCUGAUUCCCCAGGCAGCCCCUGCUCUGCUCUGUCCAGGCAGUAGGGGUUAACCCGCUUCUGAUUCCACAGGCAGCCCUGCUCUGCUCUGUCCGGGCAGGUUAACCCGCUUCUGAUUCCACAGGCAGCCCUGCUCUGCUCUGUCCGGGCAGUAAGGGGUUAACCUGCUCUCUGAUUCCCCAGGCAGCCCUGCUCUGUCCGGGCAGUAAGGGGUUAACCCGCUCUCUGAUUCCCCAGGCAGCCCUGCUCUGCUCUGUCCGGGCAGUAAGGGGUUAACCCGCUCUCUGAUUCCCCAGGCAGCCCUGCUCUGCUCGGGCAGUAAGGGGUUAACCCGCUCUCUGAUUCCCCAGGCAGCCCUGCUCUGUCCAGGCAGUAAGGGGUUAAUCUGCUCUCUGAUUCCCCAGGCAGCCCUGCUCUGCUCUGUCCAGGCAGUAAGGGGUUAACCCGCUCUCUGAUUCCCCAGACAGCCCUGCUCUGUCAGCGGUAAGGGGUUAACCUGCUCUCUGAUUCCCGGGCGGCCCUGCUGUGCUCUGUCAGGCAGUAAGGGGUUAACCUGCUCUCUGAUUACCCAGGCAGCCCUGCUCUGUUCUGUCAGGCGGUAGGGGUUAACCCGCUCUCCUGAUUCCCCAAGCAGCCCUGCUCUGCUCUGUGUCAGGCAGUGAGGGUUGCUUUACGCCCGGCUCUCUGAUUCCCCAGGCAGCCCUGCUCUGCUCUGUCCAGGCAGUAAGGGGUUAACCCGCUCUCUGAUUCCCCAGGCAGCCCUGCUCUGCUCUGUCCAGGCAGUAAGGGGUUAACCCGCUCUCUGAUUCCACAGGCAGCCCUGCUCUGCUCUGUCCGGGCAGUAAGGGGUUAACCCGCUCUCUGAUUCCACAGGCAGCCCUGCUCUGCUCUGUCCAGGCAGUAAGGGGUUAACCUGCUCUCUGAUUCCCCAGGCAGCCCUGCUCUGCUCUGUCCAGGCAGUAAGGGGUUAACCUGCUCUCUGAUUCCCCAGGCAGCCCUGCUCUGCUCUGUCCAGGCAGUAAGGGGUUAACCUGCUCUCUGAUUCCCCUGUGUCAGUGUGAGGUAGGCUGCGGAACAUUCCAUUUCACCUCCCCCGGCGGGGGGGGUUAUUUAUAAAUAAAAGGCAGUUAUUUGGGUUUGUGUGUGGGCAGAGCGCUGUCCAUGGCCGGCGGUGGGGGUGUAGUGUCUGUGGGGGGGUUGCUGUAGGGCUGUGGGUGUAAUAAAGCCGUGUAUCAGGUUUCUCUAUGAGGGUGUGCUGUCCCACUUCCCGCAGUGGUUUCUCCCGGCUGUCAAUGUCAGGCUGCAGAGAGCUCAGGAGCCAGGUUGGUGCCUUCCCUGCUGCUCCAUGGGGAGCUUUACUGGGGAGCUCUGUACACACAGCAGGGGGUCACUUACUGGGGGAGGGGGGUAAUAACAGGGGUUACAUACUGGGGGGGUAAUAACAGGGGUUACGUACUGGGGGAGGGGGUAAUAACAGGGGUUACAUACUGGGGGAGGGGGUAAUAACAGGGGUUACAUACUGGGGGGUAAUAACAGGGGUUACAUACUGGGGAGGGGGUAAUAACAGGGGUUACAUACUGGGGGAGGGGGUAAUAACAGGGGUUACAUACUGGGGGGUAAUAACAGGGGUUACAUACUGGGGGGUAAUAACAGGGGUUACAUGCUGGGGAGGGGGUAAUAGGGGUUACAUGCUGAGGGGUAAUAACAGGGGUUACAUACUGGGGAGGGGGUAAUAACAGGAGUUACAUGAUGAGGGGUAAUUACUGAGAGGUACACAGUGGCAACAUGGUUUGAGGGUUUAUGGUAGUGGGUCAUGUUUUGGGGGUUACAUGAUGGGGUGUAACGGCUGAGGGGUACAUGCUGGGUGGUUAUGGUUUGGGGGUUAUAUAAUGGGGAUAUGGAUUAGGGUUUCCAUGCUGCAGGUCUUAGUUUGGGGAUAACAUGCUGGAUGGGUUAAUGGAUGAGGGGUUAUAUGAGGGGUGCUUCGUUUAGGGGUUAAAUGCUGGGGGGCAUGACUGGUCAAUAGUCUCCCCCAAUCUAUGAAAUCUAACCAUUUAUUGAAAUUAUUAAUUAUUGUUUCAUUCAUUUUCUAAAGAUGUUUCUCCUUUCUUGCCCACUCCUGCCCUCAAAUAUUAAUAUUUCUUAUUUUUAUUAUUUAUUAUCUGUUAGAUGAUGGAAUAUAAACCUCUAUCCCCUGGUCACAGCUGGGUUAUUGAUUCUGAAGUGAAUUAACAGGCGCAUUGAUUACUUAUAAAUGUAAUAUAAGACCCGUGCAGCAGGGUGGGGAUUGGUUAACAGGAGAGAUUAUAAUAAAAUGGUUUGUCCUCAUCACAAACCUAUAAACUUGUAAAAAUAAUAAGUAUCCCCAUAGUAAUAAUUAUGUAGGCCCCCCCCAUUAAGUUCUCAGAUCUUUACUGUCGACUGAUGGAGAUGGCCCAAUCGAAAAAUUCACAAUGUUCCAUUAAGAGCCAGAAUUGGAGAUUUUUACCUCAGUCCCAGUUGGGAUUUUUUUUUUUCACUACCUUUCAAAUACAGUUCUUGUCCUCACCUGAGUUUUCUUUGAAACUUGGGCAGAAAGUUGGAUAUAGUGCCAAAAUUACGUAAACAGACUGGGGUCGCCCGAAUUGGACAGAGGGAUAAGGAGCUGUGUGUAAAGGAUAGGAUUGAUGAACAUCUAAAAACACAUGGAUUUCAAGAUCAGAGACAACAUGGGUUUACUUCAGGGAGAUCAUGCCAAACUAAUCUUAUUGAUUUUUUUGAUUGGGAAACUAAAAUUAUAGAUCAGGGUGGUGCAGUAGACAUUGCUUACCUAGAUUUCAGUAAGGCUUUUGACACUGUUGCACAUAGAAGGCUUAUCAAUAAACUGCAAUCUUUAAGUUUGGAUUCCAAUAUUGUUGAAUGGGUAAGGCAGUGGCUGAGUGACAGGCAACAGAGGGUUGUAGUUAAUGGAAUAUAUUCGAAGCUUGGACUUGUCACCAGUGGGGUACCUCAGGGAUCUGUACUUGGACCCAUUCUCUUUAAUAUUUUUAUUAGUGAUAUUGCAGAAGGUCUUGAUGGUAAGGUAUGUCUUUUUGCUGAUGAUACUAAGAUAUGUAACAGGGUUGAUGUUCCAGGAGGGAUAAGCCAAAUGACAAAUGAUUUAGGUAAACUAGAAAAAUGGUCAGAAUUGUGGCAACUGACAUUUAAUGUGGAUAAGUGCAAGAUAAUGCAUCUUGGAUGUAAAAACCCAAGGGCAGAGUACAGAAUAUUUGAUAGAGUCCUAACCUCAACAUAUGAGGAAAGGGAUUUAGGGGUGAUUAUUUCUGAUGACUUAAAGGUAGGCAGACAAUGUAAUAGAGCAGCAGGAAAUGCUAGCAGAAUGCUUGGUUGUAUAGGGAGAGGUAUUAGCAGUAGAAAGAGGGAAGUGCUCAUGCCAUUGUACAGAACACUGGUGAGACCUCACUUGGAGUAUUGUACACAGUACUGGAGACCGUAUCUUCAGAAGGAUAUUGAUACCUUAGAGAGGGUUCAGAGAAGGGCUACUAAACUGGUUCAUGGAUUGCGGGAUAAAACUUACCAGGAAAGGUUAAAGGAUCUUAACAUGUAUAGCUUGGAGGAAAGACGAGACAGGGGGGAUAUGAUAGAAACAUUUAAAUAUAUAAAGGGAAUCAACACAGUAAAGGGGUUAAAUUAGAGGGACAAAGGUUUAAAAAUAAUAUCAGGAGGUAUUACUUUACUGAGAGGGUAGUGGAUGCAUGGAAUAGGCUUCCAGCUGAAGUGGUAGAGGUUAACACAGUAAAGGAGUUUAAGCAUGCGUGGGAUAGGCAUAAGGCUAUCCUAACUAUAAGAUAAGGCCAGGGGCUAAUGAAAGUAUUUAGAAAAUUGGGCAGACUAGAUGGGCCGAAUGGUUCUUAUCUACUGUCACAUUCUAUGUUUCUAUGAAUGUCCAGAUGUAUUUGAAGCGGUCAAGUCAUGAUGUCCACCUUUAGUCUUCAUAAUGUAACACAAACUAAAAGGGUGACUGACUUCGCUUUCCCCAAAAUGUCGCACCUGAUGCCCUGACUGAUCAUGACUUGUGAGCAAAUAAAAACUCGUACAUUCAUUGCAGCUAUUUUAUUUAUUUAACAGCUCAGUGAAUCCUAUGGUUUUUACAUCUAAAAUAUCCUGGCGAUUGUAACAGUCAGUAUAAUUAUAUUGAAGGCAUAACGAUAUUGCUUAUUAUCAGUAAGCAGCAUCUUCCUGCUGAUUUUGUAAUGUGGGCACCGCACAGCUCCGAUACAUCCAACUCAAGUGGGUUAACAUAAAAUCAAGGAGAAACAAACUACUUUUAUCUCAAAAAAAAUUCCAUUUUAUGUCUCUAAAACUGAACUCCUGAACUCCUUGUUGUAGCGGAGAGCUGAUUUCCCACAGCUAAACUCCGCCAAUAUAUUAAGAGGAUGCAGGAGCAAGUAGUAAAUCCAAGAGAAUAUUCAGCAAAAUCAGCAAUACAAUCCAAUAGUGUCCCAUCACCUUUCCCAAUCACUGGACGACACACAGUAUCAGGAGUAGAACUAACUUUUAAUGGCAACAUUCCUGCUUUCAUGACAUUCUCCCAUGCAAGGGAGGGAUUCACCACAAUUAGUAUAUUAUCCAAUGCCAGCGACGUUACCUCCCACACAUCUGCUCCCAUUAGUCUUUUUAGUAGCCACUUAGUCACAAACACUGGCCAAAGUUAGCGUUCAUAUUUGUUUUUGUGUGAAAAAAGCAAAAAAAUAAUAUUUGGCCAGUGUUUGUGACUAAGUGACUACUAAAAGUGACUGGACAUACCCCAUUUGCAAUAGUGUGGGUUGUCUACUUUUGCAAAUGGUAUGCCAUUAUGGGUGUAAUUCUCAUUCCUGGGCUACCAUAUGUGAGAAAAAUGAAACGCAAGCCUUAUAUUUGACUAUAACUUUCCAAAAGACCAUAAAACCUGUACAUGGGGGGGUACUGUUAUACUUGGGAGACUUCACUGAACACAAACAUAAGUGUUUCAAAACGGUAAAACAUAUCACAAAUAAUAAUAUCGUCAGUAAAAGUUCCGUUCGUGUGUGAAAAAUGCAAAAAAAAACUUCACUUUUACUGAAAAUAUCAUCGUUGUAAUACAAUUUAUCAUUUUGAAUCGCUAAUAUUUGUGUUCAGCAAAGUUUCCAGAGUAAAACAGUACCUCCUAUGUACAUGUUUUAUGGUGUCUUGGAAAGUUACAGGGUUAAAUUAAAUUCUCUGCACUCUCUGCCUGGUUUGUGAGGCACGUCAAUCAAAUUUUAAUUAAAGGAUUACUAUCGUGCCAGGAAAACCAAGCGGUUUUCCUGGCACUAUAGUACCCUGAGGGUGCCCUCACCCUCAGUGUCUCUCUCCCAAAGCACUGAAGGGGUUAAAAUCCCUUCAGCAGCUUACCUUAUUCCAGCGCCGGACUCCCAAGACAAAGUCAGCUCCCUCUGCCGUCAGCGGAGCCGAAUGCGCAUGCGUGGCAAGUGCCGCACGCGCAUUCAAAGUGUCCAUAGGAAAGCAUUUCUCAAUGCUUUCCUAUGGAUGCUCUGCGCGAUGGAGGCAUAAUAUGCAUCCAGCGUCGCAGAUGCGCCUAUAGUGGCUAUCCGGAAGACAGCCACUAGAGGCUGGCUUAACCCCAAAUGUAAACAUAGCAGUUCCUCUGAAACUGCUAUGUUUGCAUCUGAAGGGUUAAAACCUGAGGGUCCUGGCACCCAGACCACUUCAUUGAGCUGAAGUGGUCUGGGUGACCAUAGUGUCCCUAUAAUUAAAUCACAUAAUUAUGUUAAAAGAUUACUUAAAUAUACACGUAGAAUUUUAAUAUUAAAUUCUACGUGUAUACUUAAGUAAUAAUUUUGUGUGUAUGUAUGUAUGUAUGUAUAUAUAGUGUGUGUGUGUGUGUGUGUGUGUGUGUGAAAUAUAUAUAUAUAUAUAUAUAUAUAUAUAUAUAUAUAUAUAUAUAUAUAUAUAUAUAUAUAUAUAUAUAUAUAUAUAUAUAUAUAUAUAUAUAUAUAUAUAUAUAUAUAUAUAUAUCUCUAUCUCAACGUCCCUUGCACUCACGCUUGUGAUGUUCCAAUGCCGGGCGCACUACCAGAGCUCCAAUAGGUACAAUAUCCAAUAAGAAAAGGCUGCUCUCCGAACAUAAAACGAAAAUUUGAUUGAAGAAGUUUAAAAAUAAUAUAUAUAUAUAUAUAUAUAACAAAAGGGGGUUGAGCAGACAUUAGGCUGUUAGUGUAGGACCUGCCAAAGAUGGGGUACGUUGACGUUGUGGCAGGCUUAUGCAAUUGCAAUGUAUGAUCAUAUAAUGUAACUAAACCCCCAUUAUUUUAGAUUAGGUGUUUUUAAAAAAAACUAAUAAAAUCUUUCAACAUUGAAGUUGCUGUUUAGUGGAUAGGUGAGUGCACUGGAUCUUGUGAUAUAUAUAUAUAUAUAUAUAUAUAUAUUUGCGGUUAUUUGUAUUAGAUAGAAUGACAUUUUAUAUAUAUCUAUUUAUCUAAGUGUAUUUUGUUACCAAUAUAUAUAUUAAUAACAAAAUACAGUUAGAAUGAAAUUACAUAUGUGUAUAUAUAAUUUAUUUUAUUUUUUUUAUUUUUUUUUAUUAAUAAUUGUAAUUAUACGUGUGUGUGUGUGUGUGUGUGUGUGUGUAUAUAGGUAUAUGUGUAUAUGUAUGUGUGGGUGUGUGUGGGUGUGUAUGUAUGUGUGUAUGUGUGUAUAUAUAUAUAUAUAUAUAUACGUAACUUCAUUCUAAGUGUAUUUUAAUACUAAUAUAUGUAAUUAUAUUAACAUUAAAAUACACUACGUAAGACGUUACAUAUAUAUAAGAUGUAUAUAUAAUAUUUCCUCUACCGCUCAGAAUUACCUAUACCUUACAUACCUGUCUCUUGCUCUCUCCUAAAGGGCAGCACUCUACUCUCUCCUCCAGCUCUGCCUCACUCCCACCUUAUUUGAUUGAUAUUUCCUGUCCUAGUGUGUUUUAUACCCCACAUCCUAUAGACUGUAAGCUUGUUUGAGCAGGGUCCUCUUCAACCUAUUGUUUCUGUAAGUUUUCUUGUGAUUGUCCUAUUUAUAGUUAAAUACCCCACUCAUAAUAUUGUAAAGCGCUACGGAAUCUGUUGGCGCUAUAUAUAUGGCGAUAAUAAUAAUGAUAAUAAUGUCUAAGUAUAGAUUGGAGAAUCAUACCGUUCCUAUUAUUACAAUGCGGCUGUAUCCUGGCUGUUUGCCCAGAAUGCUAUAAUAACAUUAUUUCAAUUAAACCAGUACCUGUAUACAUUUUGAUUUGAUUCAUGACUUUUACUAAAGUAACCGCAGAGGGAAUAUAUGUCCAGUAAUCACAUAUAUCCAGUGACUCACAGUUAGCAGUAGGCAACCUCCAGCCUCUGUAAACUAGAAAUCUGUAGACGACCUCGCUCCACGCUCCAAGUAGGCUCCACGGUGAGGUGAGCAGGCUCCACGGUGAGGUAGCUCCAGGCUCCACGGUGAGGUGAGGCUCCACGGUGGCUCCACGGUGAGGUGAGCAGGCUCCACGGUGAGGUGAGCAGGCUCCACGGUGAGGUGAGCAGGCUCCACGGUGAGGUGAGGCUCCACGGUGGCUCCACGGUGAGGUGAGCAGGCUCCACGGUGAGGUGAGCAGGCUCCACGGUGAGGUGAGCAGGCUCCACGGUGAGGUGAGCAGGCUCCACGGUGAGCUCCACGGUGAGGUGAGCAGGCUCCACGGUGAGCUCCACGGUGAGGUGAGCAGGCUCCACGGUGAGGUGAGCAGGCUCCACGGUGAGGUGAGCAGGCUCCACGGUGAGCUCCACGGUGAGGUGAGCAGGCUCCACGGUGAGGUGAGUAGGCUCCACGGUGAGGUGAGCAGGCUCCACGGUGAGCUCCACGGUGAGGUGAGCAGGCUAUCCCUGCCUAUCCCUGCUUCUUGUUUCAUGAUCAGGUAAUAGCAGAAAAAAGAUUUGGAGCUACGGUAAGUUACGUAAUAAACUCUACACCAAAAAUACAGAGCGAAAAUCUUGGGAAAACCGAAAUCAAAAGAGAAAAAACAUUAACGGCUACUGUAAAAAAAUCUUGGCUCUAUUUCUGUGAGGUUUCUCAGCUGUAUGUAGUUCUCCCAGUAUCCUGUGGCUUAUUAUUCGUUGUUUACUGUGGAUUUAAGAGUUUAAGGAUGCAUAUCAUGUGUUAUGUUUCAGCAUUUUCCUGCCCAGUUUUUUUUAUCCUUUGAUUUGUGUUCAGACAGAAAGAUGGGAGUGAUAGAAUGAAAGAUAAAUUCAGGGUUAUGAUUUACUUUACAGGUGAGGCUACCUCCCACCUUUCCCUGGGUAGCCAACUGCCACCCCAGGUACCUCUAAGCAAUGAUGCCACUUUAAUUGCCAGACUGAUAACCUUUUGUGCUUGUCGAGAUGGCGUUUGAAGAUUACCAGGAUUUCUGUCUGCUGUCUGACUCCUCUCUCUGAGGUUACAUUAUUAGAUCUGAUCCUUUUGUGAGUUAUUUUAGGCCUCACUGCUGAAUUCUCAGAUCCUUUUAGUGUCUCGGUAACAGCUUUAUUUUUCCCCACUCCAAGCAAUAUGUCUCCUUUUACUGCUCCCUCCCUAGGGAAUCCUGUUUAUUGUCUGUGUUCGUCCCUGGCAUGAAUCUGAGCUGAAACAAAAUGAGCAGCCGAACAUCCAGCUGUGCGUAAUGCUCCAUUCAUUCACAUCGGGGUAAAAAACUAUUGUGAUUUUCUGUUACAACAGCCGCAAAAUCUUACCGUAACAGCCGCAAAAUCUUACCGUAACAGCCGCUAAAUCUUACCGUAACAGCCGCAAAAUCUUACCAUAACAGCCGCUAAAUCUUACCGUAACAGCUGGUUAAUAUCAUAACAAACUGUGUCAUUUACCAUAAAAGCCGCAAAAUCUUACCGUAACAGCUGGUUAAUAUCAUAACAAACUGUGUCAUUUACCAUAACAGCCGCAAAAUCUUACCGUAACAACCUGUCAUUUACUGUAACAGCCAGUGUUAUUUACUGUAAUGGCCGCUAAAUCUUUCCGUAACAGCCGAUGUUAUUUACUGUAACAGCCGGUAAAUAUUAUCAUAACAUCCUGUGACAUCUAGCGCAACAGUUGGUAAACCUUACCGUAACAGCCAAUGUUAUUUACUGUUACAGCUGGUAAAUAUUACCAUAACAACCUGUGACAUACCGUAACAGCCGGCAAAUCUUGCCGUAACAGCCGGUAAAUCGUAUCGUAGCAGCUGGUGUCAAUUAUUUUAACACGGAUUAAUAACCUUUCCAAACGAUUCAAUGCUGGUAGAAACAUUUCCCAAUGACUUAUCUUCAAAAAUUUAUUUACAAAGUUUAUUAAAUUGAGGAAUUAGUCGGUAUGAUUAACCAUUGUUCCAAUACGCUAUUUUAGAAUAAGCUUUUCAAAUGAACAUCUAUUAAAACAUCAUGAAUAUAUCAUAAUAUUUAUAUAUAUAUAUAUAUAUAUUAAUUAUUACUUUUAUUUUUUUCAUAAUAUUAAAUGAUUAAAAAACUGUAUCCAAAAAUAUUAAAUUGAGGAGUAUAAGAGCUGUUCUAACCAAUUCAGCCUUUAAAACGAACCCAUAACUUUGAUUAACUUCUUAUAAAGGUUGUGUUAUGUCGGUUUAUGUGGGAUCACACCUUUAGCUUUCACAUUGGUCUGCAAAAUGAAAACUACUAAUUCUAUUUAAACCACUCCUCUUGCCAGAUUUAAUUGUGGUCGAAUAGAUGGUAGCAUAUUACAAAUCAAGCAAUAAUUGAUGGUCUUGUGUCUUCUCUUGCAGGUAUUCAUUGUUCUCUGUCUAGAAUUCAACCUUGAGACGGUCAUGUGGAUACUUGUGCUAGUCCUGGGCCUUACCGCUGCCUUGUUUUCCAUCUUGGAUGUCUGGUACUUCCUCCGCGCCUUCCUUGCCAUCCUGAGAGCCCGUCUCCAGCCUGUGGUGAAGGACCUACUGAAGGAACAUUCCUUCUCAAGCCUUGUCCUGCCCCAUGACCUUGAUUUCCUGCUUCAUAUGAACAAUUCCCGCUACCUGAGGGAGGCUGACUUUGCCCGUUUAUCUUUCUUCACACGCAGUGGACUCUUCGGGGCCAUACAUUCCCUUGGGGCCGGGAUGGUCAUGGCGGCAUGCACUGCCCGCUACCGCCGCUCACUCCGCUUGCUGGAGACCUUUGAGAUACGCUCGCGUCUGCUUUGCUGGGAUGACAAGGCUUUCUACGUGGAACAGCGAUUUGUGGCUCCAAAGGAUGGCUUUGUGUGCGCCGUUCUGCUAAGCAGACAACACAUCAUAGGAAACUCUCCUGACAAGGUGGUACAGUCUAUGUGCAAGAGGAAGGUGAGAUUUACAGUUCUGUUAUAAUCCAGUAAUCAAGUGAUUGGUUUCUCAAUGUGUUUGAAUUUAAUGACCAAGUAAUACUAGUACUCAAGUGUUUAAUGUUCUUAUAACAGCAGUCUAUAGCAAAUAAUGAGUAAUAUCUACUUCAAAACAAGAAAAGUUGUCACCCCAGUUGUGGCAGCAACAGACUUUCACACCAUUUUCAUAUAGUAGUUAUUAAAGGGACUCUUCCCUCGAAACAACUUCAUCUCAAUCAGUCCCUGGGCACCGUCUUACCUUAAGGUGCCAAACAGUUUUCAAAUGGUGUUGCAUGUUUUCAUCAGAAGCGUAUGUAAAUAUUGAUUUAUUUAUUUAAUGUAUUUGGGAAGUGGAGUGUCCCUUUAACACCCUAAGUGCUCCCUGAGUUCCCGUACACGUUCCCAUUUUUAUUUUGUAUUUUCUUUUGGUCAAUGUGCGUAUACGUAUGUAUUGGAAUCUAUAAAAAAAAAGUCAUUUCAAUUUAUUUAAAAAUUAUUCACCUAUGUCCUGGAGUGCUAACAUCUUGGUUCUUUUUCAGUCGCUGUUAUAAACCGUGCCCUUUGUUCAGUCGACAUACAUACGUAUAAAAACGUUUAAUGCUCUGAAAAGCAGUCUAAAGUAUUAAACAUGAGUCACAUUCCUUUGGUUACUCUGUCUCUUCUACAUCUUUUCGCCAGUUUUCAGAACAGACAAUUUUUAUAUAUAACCCCCAAUGUUUCUGCUUCUUUUCCUCCAAUGCAAUGUGUGCCAGGACUGAACUGGAUUGAGAGGUCAAGUGCUACAUUCUUAAUGUAUAAAAAAAACAGGAGCUGAUGGGGAAAAAAGUUAAAGGAUCACGAGAGUCCCCUAAAGCAAUUCGGCGUCCCUCUUGUUCUUAAUGAUUAUUUCAUUAUAAACCUGACUGCCUGGAGGGCUUCCUGAUUCACUCGUUCUAGCAGAAAGGGAAGCAUUAAUUAGUCUAGUGCUUGGGACGAGAAGUUGUCUAUUGGUAAUUGAUGCAUUCACAGCAGUAGCCAUGCAUGCGCUUGUUUUGUCCAGACCGGAAGUGAGACUGUUGUUGCUGACAGUCUCCUGGGGGGUAGCAGUGAGAAUAGCAGUGUUGAGAGAGGACUUUCUGCUGGAGAAAAGUGAGUAAAUCUUCAUUUUAGUAUUGGGGGUUCAAGCCUGCCAUUGAUAGCAAUAAAGGGAUCCUCCAAAUGUUAAUAUCAGAUAUCUAUUAAUGUUGGGGUGUUCCUUUUAAUAUGAAUAGUAGGUGGUUUUCAUUGAUUUGCUGAACUGGCCUAACUUGUUUUGCAGCUGAUCAGCUGAGAUGAGGAUGAGUUUGUUUUCCAGACAGUCCAAGAAUCUUCUAAAGAUAACUUUGAUCGAACAAACAAAAGUGAAUUCUGAAAGGUAUUAGUAGAGGCAAAUGUGAUAAAAUAUAUAUAUAUAUCUCUGUUUCUAGGUGGAAUCACCAGAGUUUCCUGAAGAAGUCCUGCACUGGAUCAACUAUAAUGAUACCAGCAGUCAAAAGCUGAGAGCAGAGAGUGGGGCGUCCAACACCAAAGAUCAGUAACGGAGCCUCACUCCAAAAGUACUCACGAACCUCUCUUAUACUGCACCCAAUGCUCCUGCAUACAACAAUGCAGCUAGUUUAGGAUUGUAACCCAGGCUUAAAUGUGUUUGUUAUUUGCUCCAGAUCUGUCUGAUAAGAUGACGUCUUAGGAAGCGGUUUCAUUCCUUUAAAAAGGCAAAGGUAGAAUGUUUAUUGCGUCUGUUUGUUUUUUUGUUUGUUAGGGAAAGCAUCUACUAUAACCAGAGGCACAAUAUGAAUGAACAUACCAUAGCAGUGUUUUCUUAAAUACAUGUUUAGGAUGUGCACAAUGAAUACUUGACAUGCACUGAUAUAGCACAACACUAUAACAAUCUUUUAUUUUAACGUUCUGAGUUGUCCUUUUGGGACGCACCCUGUCCAUCAGAGAGGCAGCUAAUGCAGUUCUUAAAGGGAAUUAAUAUAUAUUAACUUAUAUAAUGUUAUUUACAAGCGAUGGAUAGAUGGCCAAGGAAUUUAAAAGGAGCACACAUUCCGCUGCUGCUUUACUUGUCCAACAUUUAAGACCAAAGAAAAUACAGCACUGUUCCUGUAUUUUAACAAUGCAUAGUAUCUAUAUAUAUUCAGGAUAAACCCCCUUAAUUGGAUCUUACUCAAAGCCAUAAGUGGCGGUGUAAGGGCCAUUAUUAGCCAGCCUGGAACUAGAGUUUGGAGCUCGCUAAUGUGAAUUCUGUGCAUAUUGGAACUCUAAUGUCAGCAAUACAGGAAGCUGACGACAGGUAUCCAAUGGUGGCACACCCCACCAUCACCCUUCUCAGUGCCAACAAUGCCCUCCCCUCAGCCCAUCCUUCCCCUAUAUCCUUCUACCACCAGCGAGGGAGAGUGACAUCGACUUAGGAGGAUUGGGCUGAGGGAAGAACUUGGAGGACCUCAGGAGGGUUGGGCUGAGGGAAGAACUUGGAGGAACUUAGGAGGAUUGGGCUGAGGGAAGAACUUGGAGGAACUGGAUUGGGCCUCAGAACUGGAAUGUAGGUAAUUUUUUGUAUUUGUUUUUUUUAAUGUUUCGAUGGGGACUAGGAUAUGAAGGGUUAUUUUAAACAAAAACUGUUGUGUUUUUUUAUUUUUGAAGUAACCCUUUAAAGUAAUACUUCCAUUGGAGGCAUGUGGAAAUAGACCUUUCAUUUCUCACAUUAAACAAAAUCUUUCAGCCACUGUAAGAUGCCUUGUUUACAAUUCAGAAAUCAUACACCUUGUCAUAUAAUGGUAGUUAGGGAUCUGGAAAGAAUAUGCCCAACCAAAGAGAGUUACUCCGAGCAUUCCACUAAACAGGAACAGAGAACGCAGAAUUCAAACUGCUUGAUGAUACCGUAUGCCCAAUGUGCCCUGAUGAAGUACAGGCUACUUAUAAGAUAUAUAUAUAUAUUUAAUAUUUUAAUAAAUAAUAUAAAAUUACACUUUUUAUUUAUUUUUUUUAUUCGGAAAGAAAAAAAUAAAAUUGCCGAACAGAUUUAAAAAAAAAAAAUCAAGAUGUAGGCAAUUUUAAUGUGUGAAAUGAAUUGUAUUCACAGAACAACAUUCACAGAAGUGGCACAAUUUGGCCACUCGUGCAUUAAAAUGACAGUCCAAUUACCAAAACCUGUUAAUCUCUAUGAAGUGCUUUUGGUGCAUAGACCCCUUCACUUUUUUUGGACAAUGUAAUAUGCUGUUUCUGAGAAGCAGAAAUAUUUAUAUUUGUUUGAAAACACACUGCACGUGGCUAAUGUUUGGAUUCAAUGCUUCUCAAUGAAAAGCAUUGGAUUGGUGGAUAGUGGCAAUUGCCGCGCAUGCGCCAUAGGUCCACAAUUCUUCUCUAUGGAAAGCAUUGGAUCAUCAGGAUUGAUCAUCACUCCAUAGAGAGAAGAAAAUCUCAGCCGUAGAUUACAAGUAAUUUAAUUGCCUUUGGCACUUAGAGGAUUCAAAAUCUAAAUUAAAAAAAGGAACAAGUAUAACAUAAAAAUAUUAUAUUUUAAUAAUGUUAAUGUUCCUUUAAUUUCUGCCCAUAUUCCCAUUCACCCUUCACAACUGUGAGAAAAAUAGUCUAAUUUUAUGUUUUUUAGUUCAAAACAAUCCAUUUUGUAACACCGUUGCAAACCAACUAACUCCUAUAGAUAAACGCAACAAAGCAAUGCAAUAUCUGGGAUUUAGGAUGUUUGUGAAUGUGUGUGGAAGGCACUGAGUGUAAUUAUUACACGUGUUAUACUGGAGCUGUAAAUGUUUACCGGGACAAGUAGUGCUUCAAAGGUUAGUAUAAAACACAUGCUUCCCUCUGCAACACUUCUUUGUUCAAGGUAAAAUCAUCGCCCUAGGCUUGUCCGGGCAACUUUACUGAUAAAACAAAAAAAAAUACUAUUGCACCUUUAAAAAAGCUUAAUAUGUUAUUGUAUCCCAAAUUUUCCAACAGAUGUUAUUAACGGCAGUUUUCAGCUUUUACAAUAUCCCUAGCGUCACAAGUGUUGGGAACCAAAUGCAAGCCCACCAAAGCAUCCGACGACAUGAUUGUGGGGUGUUACAUCUCUUGUCACAUGCUAAACCGUCGUUAAAGAUUUGUGAAUUAAAUGAUUUGCUGGUGACCGGUGAGCUUAGGUGUAUAAAGCAUCAAGAAUUCUGGAAAUCAUUAAUUAAUAACCAUGGCCAUUGAACUCCUGCUUGCAAAACAUGAUUAUAAAACAAGUGCACUAGUACAUUCCAUUCAAGUGACCCUUUUCUUAAAGGGUCUCACCAGACAACUAAAAUAUUUUAUCUUGCCACAGUGCUUUAUGUGUGAAGAGAAUGUCCUCUUUUUCUUAUUUUACAAAAAGUGAAAAUUUAAAUGGAAAUUGGAACUAAACUCUGGGUAAUUGCUGCCUCUUGAGUUUAGUUCCACUGAGCUAACCAAACCAGGAAGUAACAGAACUGGGUGUUGGACUGACAGCCAGGUGGGUGUAACCAGGUUCAUUUAUAAAAUGCCAGUUUCUACUGAAACCUGUACUUUUUGUAAAAUGCAGAAAAGAGGACGCACUCUUCACACAUAACCAUUUCAGCAAUCUUAAGUGCUUUAGGAGUGUCCUAUUAAGUCAGUAACCCUGGGGUACAGAAUAAAUGUGUGUUUCAGUGUCCCAUUGACAUUGUCAUGCAAAACUUUCCUAAUUCCGGAUUUCUUUGAAGACAAACCGCUUUGCAGAGUUAGAAGCAGCUGUGAAUUGAUACAAAUUUUCAAUAGGGCUGAGGACGUUUAAUAAAUAUCCACAAGAACAUUUUUCCUAAUUCUAAGAAAACACACACCUUCCAAAAAUGAAAGUUAAAAGAAAAGUGCUGUUCACUAAAUGUUAUUUGUUGUGACUUCACAACAGAAUGGCAAAGGUUUAAGACAAGAUGUUUGUUUGAUUUGGUUUUAAAGGAACACUAUAGGGUCCGGAACACAACCAUGUAUUCUUGACCCUAUAGUGUUAAACCCGCCAUUUAGAUGGCUUGCCCCCCACUCACCCACUUUUAAAAGCAAUAAAAACUCACCUUAUUUCCAGCGCCACACGGGUCUGCCGGCACUGGCCCCGCCCCCUUGGUGACAUCAUCAGAAUUGCUGAUUUUUAGCCAAUCCAAUGCUUUCCCAUGGGGGAAGCAUUGGAUUUGGCUAAAAUUGACAAGAGGGCAGAGCCAACACAGUUUUGGCCAAUCAGCACAUCCUCAUAGAGAUGAAUUGAAUCAAUGAAUCUCUAUGAGGAAAAUUCAGCGUCCCCAUGCAGAGUGUGGAGAUGCUGUAUGGCAGUGCUGCUUACAAUGCUGCACUGCCCCAGGAAGUGGCUAUCUGAGGAGUGGCCGCUUAGAGGUGUCCCUAGGGGCAAUGUAAACAUUGACUUUUCUCUGAAAAGGCAGUGUUUACAUGAAAAUGCCUGAAGGCAAUGAUUAUACUCACCAGAACAACUACAUUAAGCUGUAGUUGUUCUGGUGACUAUAGUGUCCCUUUAAAUAAAUGCACUUAGAGUCACUGUUAGUUGGAUUUUGUAAUGUGAUUUUCUGUUCAAUUAACCCCAAGGCACAGCUAUACUGUGUGACUAUAUCUGAGUGAGAUAUUAUAUUGAACAGCAGGUAGAUUUGCCUAAAUUAUGCCAUUAGGAUUUAUAUUCACUACAGGUCCAUGUUUAGUGAAUUACCCUUGGGAUAGCAACUGAAGUGUGAAUCAUAGUGAAUUCAAAGGGAAUUUCACCUCUAGGUAUAAAUAGCAGAAGUGGAAACAUAACUGGCUCGGAAUACAUUUGUACAGCGCUACGGAAUCCCAUUGUACAGCGCUACGGAAUCCCAUUGUACAGCGCUAUGGAAUCCCAUUGUACAGCGCUACGGAAUCCCAUUGUACAGCGCUACAGAAUUUUGCUGGCGCUAUAUAAAUAAUAAUAUUAAUCCAGUUUGACUGCUGUGGAUUUUCUGCCUGUUCACACUUUUGUGAUUGAUCCUUCAUGUGACCAAAAUAGGGAGAAUAUUUUUGUGUAAUGUACUGUGAAUAAUCCCUGUAUUACGGAGUUAUCUUUUACAAGUGACGUAGAAUGCAGUUAAUUAAGCAUUUUAUCUUGGUGUUUAGAUAACAUAAUGUAAACUUUGUACCAGCAAACCUGAGACACCUCUGGCCUAUUGUAGCAAGUCUUGAAACGUGUUGGGAGUUUUAAACAAUGUGUUUUUCUUCUAUCCCUAUACCUGGUGAUAUAAUGUUAUUCCAUGAUGGUUCUCACAUCAAUCACAGGGCUGCAAACAGUCCAGAUGUUAUUUAUUGCCUUGUUUGGUUAGUACUGGACCAUUAGUGGCCUUUUGAAGGCUAGUUUAAAAAAGAUCGCAUUUAUCCAUAGCUUCUAAAUGACCCAGAUCUGGUGGGACAGUCCUGAUUUGGAACUCCUGUCCUGCAUUCACAGGUUUGGUUUAUUUCCCGUGCCUGUAAUAUUCAUUUUUGUUAAUAUUGCUCUUUCCCUGAAUAUGCACGUAGAAAUGAAUGGCCAGGUCUGUGGUAGCCAUCAAGGCGCAUGAACUCUUCUUGGUAGUGAAGAAAGUUAGCCUAGUCUUUCAACUCCACCUCAUGGCUACAGCCAAGGAGUAAUGGGCCCACAGUAAAAUCAAAAGGGCUAAAAUUUUACGCAGUGUGUUCAUCAUUUUGGUCAUUUGAAAGGAAUUUGGGAUACCUAAUAUUAAUUGAAAACUAAUUGCACAGCCUUUCUGAAUAUUAAUAUAAUUAAUAAACCAACAAUAACAAUGUUUGGCAGAGUUGGUGGAGAUGAACUUUUCACAAACAGAAUGGUUUCUGUCUAAGGAUGAAGACAAUUUUUUGUGAUGUCCUUCAGCGAAUCUUUUUCCUAAUCAUUUAAUGUUUUUGCUGAUGAUAAACUAGUUGUAUAUGAUUUUUCUGAUUUUAUUUUUCAUAUGAUCUAUUAUAUUCUAUAAAACAACCCUACACUCAGUCUUAAUUUAUUAAAAAACAACCUCAGUUAAAAGUUAAUCUGCGAUGGUCAUCUAGCUGUACUGUACAAUCUUGAAGUGAAUUGUUUACAUGAAAGAUAGGAGAUAUAUUGAUUAGAGAGUAAUAUAAGACUAUUGCUUCAUUGUUCAAUGGCAUAUGAUGUGUUCCCGUUUAUUGUUUGUGUUAUUUAUUAAAAGGCCUUUAUCUUC